GAAAUAACCUCAAAAUGAAUCCAGCACUUAGUUUUGUCACUUUAGCAGCUUCUAUUGCAGUCGCUUGGGCAUGACUCCAGGUGGUGCAGGAGGUCCAGGUGGUCCCGGUGGAUUUCCAGGUGCUGGUGGACUCCCAGGGAUGUCUGGUGGUGCUGGCUCACCAAUGAGCAUGAUGUUUCCACUCUUAAUGAGAGGUGGUAUGGACAUGCGAACAAUGAUGAUGAUGAUGUCAAUGAACCGAGGUGGAGGCCAAGGAGGUAUGAGCAGUAUGCUCCCUUACAUCUUAAUGCGUAAUGGCGGUUCAGAAAAUAUGCUUCCCAUGUUGAUGAUGAUGAAAAACAAAGGAGGAGCUGGUGGUAUGGACCCAAUUAUGAUGGCUGCUAUGAUGGGCGGUAACGAUAACAUGAUGCAAAUGCUUCCAUUCUUGAUGAUGAACAAACAAUCAGGUCCCCCAGCUAGCAUGCCCCUCCCUGCGGCCGUCCCAUCUAAUUUUCUUAAACAAAACAACCAUGUCCUGAUUUUACUUUUAAAGCGGAUCUCAAGUUUCAAGAAUAAUAUUGCACUUUUAUAUUGUAUUAUUUUGAUGUUGUUAUUUCAAAAAUAAAUAUUUUCAAAUACUU